UUUCAUACCAAACGGAUCAUCAUGAAAUUGCUCAUUUUUGCUUUUGUGGCAUUAUUUGCCAUCGCAAGUGCAAAACCAACAACACUCAAGGCUGGUUUUCAAGAAUUAUCUCCCGAAAAUAUCCUUAAAUUGCGUCAUUUGACAAAAGAUGACAAUGCUGAAGAGUACAGUGGACAAUUCGAGGGAGAUAUAGUUUUAAGCAAAGAACAAUUGAGUGCCUUGUUGACUCGUAAUGGUUUGUUGGAUCAUACUUAUCGUUGGAAAGAGAAUACAGUUCCAUACGUUAUUGCUAACAACACAUUCAGUGAUGUUCAGAAAAAUUACAUUCGACGAGGUCUUGAUCAAUUACAGUUGGUAUCUUGUCUUAAAUUCGUUGAACGUACUGUUGAAGAAGAUUACAUCGAAGUCAUUGGAACUCCGACGGGAUGUUGGAGCGAAGUUGGUAAAAUUGGAGGAAAGCAACAACUCAAUUUGCAACUUAACAACGUCGAAGAAGGAUGUUUCCGUAUCGCGACUAUCAUGCACGAGUUUAUUCAUGCUUUGGGUUUUUAUCACAUGCAAAGUACUUACGAUCGUGACGAUUAUGUCGAAAUUAAAUGGGACAAUAUUACACCCGGAAUGGAACAUAACUUUGAGAAAUACUCAUCGCAAAUCGUUGGAGACUUUGAUAUUACGUACGAUUACAAUUCCGUGAUGCAUUACGGAGCAACUGGAUUCUCUGAAAAUGGAUUGCCAACAAUUGUUCCCAAAGUAUGGGGAGCUCCCAUUGGACAACGUGUUGGUUUGAGCAGAAAAGAUAUAGAAAAAUUGAAUCGCAUGUAUGAAUGCCCAUGGUAAAGAAUUUGAUGAAAAAAAUAAAAUUUUUUAGAAUUAUCAAAAUUUUGAUAAGAAAUUUUUUAUAAAAAAGUACCUUGAAUUAGCUAAGCAAAUUCGAAUUGUAGUAUAUGUUUGUUACAUAACCCGUUUGUGUACCGAGUCAUUGUUUAGUUUAAGAGAAAUUAUUGCCAAUUCUUCAUAUG